AUGCCUGACACACCUCAUGCCCGUCACCAGCCUGUGGAUGCGACGGCCCGACAGGAAGCUCCUCCCGCCGAGCAUUUUCAUGGGCCUGCUGGAGCUCCCAUGCACACCUGGUUCACGUCACCGGCACGUACGCGUGCAAAUGCUGCCCAUGCAAAAGAGUUGCCGCUACAUUUGAUCCAGCUCAUUCUUAACCACCUCGACGAUGUCGCUGACCUCGCCCGCAUCACGCGCACGUCGCGUCUCUUCUACUACAUGACUCUUCCGCGCCUCUACGAGGAAGUCACAUUGCGCGCCUACUCGGACAUUCGGUACAUCAACGGCCGGCCUGAAGGUUAUGGAAGCGGGAGCCCCUUUGCUAUGGGCAUGAAUACGCUGGUGUCACGCACCUUUGCCGACUAUGUGCACGUGUUUAGGCUCAUAGGUGACUGGCGCGAACACGACAUGGAAGACUACAAGCAAGGGCGCGUGCCCGAUAACAGCAUGAUGCUGCAGAUAGCCAUCCGCGCUGCCCUCGACAAGAUGAAGAACCUGCGCGCCUUUGCCUGGGAACUUAACAGCAAGCCGCUGAACACCGUCUAUCAGGCCCUCUUGACCAAGCCGUCUCUCACGUCCCUCACCUUGCGCUGUCAGACGCAGCGAACUCCACGGCCCACCACGCUUAUACCGCCGCUGCCACACCUGACCACCUUGGUCGUGUAUGACAUCGACCCGCUGUGCUACCCAGACGAUAUCUCGCUGCUGCUCCUUGGCUCCAAGAGACUCGAGAACAUCAAGCUGCAUUGGAACCCACGCAUGCGUGACAGUGGCGAGGAGUCAGUCAAUCUGAUGGGCUUGUUCGGACGCUGCCUCGCCGCAAAAGUUCAGAUGCCUCUGAGGCGCUUCGCCCUGUACAAUCUAUAUACCCGUUUCUUUGGCGACGGCUUCGACAAUGUCAGCGACCCACAUGUAAUUGAAGAAGUUACACUGGUUAACUCCAUGUCUACAUCUGAUCCUAUGACUGUCUUCCUAGAUAACACUUGGAGAAUACAGUCAAGUACACCCAUUCCACAGAACCUGAAGAUGAUGCGUACUGAGAACACUGACAAAGAGGGCGCCAUCAUGCUUCAGAAGUUCAAGGGCCUGGAGCGCAUGUAUCUUAUUAGCAACAGAAAAUCGCGAACUGGUAUAAACCCCAACAGCGCUGCUGCAACACCCACUACGCCGUCCAUGGCCACGCCUGGUACACCUACCCUACCUGAGAGCCACUGUCGUAGCAUCGGUGGUGAUUAUCUCGCCGCCAUCCAGUCGAAUCACCGCACCAUGCGCCACCUCCUCCUCUCCGAUACGUGGCAGCUUUCCGACGACGCUCUCUUCCGCCUCUGCCAAGCGUGUCCCAACCUCGAACAGUUCGGCUUCGCUUGCACAGUUCCACCUCUCGAGUCCCUGCGCCAAGUCAUAGCUCUAGUACCGAAAGUCUGGGCUAUGCGUCUUCUAGUACGUCCGGGUUCGGAACUUGCCGACAAACUCGAAAGCAUGGGGUCGGAUAUGCAUGAGUUUGCGAUGUCGACGGAACUAUGGCGUCCUGAGUACAAAGGCUUGAAGUACGUUGGCUUAGGCGAAAAGUUCAUCUGGAGAUUGGGUAAGGUGGUGUUUCCGCCAAAGGAGAAGGUGAUGUCGGUGCCGAAUGGCCCUCCUAAUAGCCUCAAUGCAAAGCUGACAGGGCCGAUUCGAAAACUCGAAAGACUCAAUAAAGAGGACGUCAAGGAUAUUGAGAUUUGGGGCAUGGAUUCCGUCGAGUUCGAGGCUAAGUUUCCGUAA